AGCGGGCUUCGGUUCAAACGACCUGGUGGGUCGAGAGCGGAAGGGAGGGAGAGAAGGCAGGAGCUCCGGCCUCCCUCACUGGCCUCCCUCCCAACCCCACGCCGCCUAGCCCCAUGGUCCCCGCCGCCGGCGCGCUGCUCUGGGCCUUGCUGCUGAGUCUGGGGCUCCAGGCGGCGGGGGCCCAAGGCCUGACUUCGACCGGGAUGCAGCGGGUCAGUUUCCGCUUCGGGGGCCCUAUGACCCGCAGCUACCGGACCACCGCCCGGACUGGUGCUCCCCGGAAGAUGAGGGUAACAGUAGAGGAUGAGGAUGACCUCGUGGCUGAGGCGGACCACCUGGCAGGCCCGGCCGCUGCCGAGCUCUUGGCCUCCACGGUGUACACAGGCAUCAGCCAGUCGCGUUUGUCGCAGGAAGAGGAUGGAUCUUUGGAAGAGGGCGUUGUGAUUGACGCUGGAAAGAGUAACACCAGGUCGGGGAUUCCCAGUAUGGAUUCCACUACAAGGGGGUCCAGCUCAAGGUUUACAGCAAAUAGCCAGGAGCCGGAAAUCAGGCUGACUUCAAGUCCGCCGCCCUCCACCUGGAGAUCUAGUGUGGACCUACCACCCUCCGGGAGUACCCUGAACCAGUGGUCAACAGCAGGGGCCACGCCGAACGCGUGGCCACCACCCUCGGCCACAGCCAUGCCACCUCCUGAGGAUCUGCGGGUGGUGCUGAUGCCUUGGGGCCCGUGGCACUGCCACUGCAAGUCAGGCACCAUGAGCCGGACCCGGGCCGGGAAGCUGCAUGGCCUUUCAGGACGCCUUCGAGUUGGGGCGCUGAGCCAACUCCGCACCGAGCACCGGCCUUGUACCUACCAGCAAUGUCCCUGCAACCGGCAUCGUGAGGAGUGCCCCCUUGACUCGGGUCUCUGUCCUGACACCAGCUGCACCACUCAGACCACCACCACCACCACUGCCUCCAUGCCCCCCCUCAGCGCCAGACUCAGACCCACUCCAUUCCCCAUGUCCAGCCCCAGUCCAGCCCUUGAUUUUUGGAAACGGGUCAGGAUGGGGCUGGAGGAUAUUUGGAACAGCCUCUCUUCAGUGUUCACAGAGAUGCAACCAGUAAGUGUUUGGUGAUGAGCCCCGAUCUUUGUUGAUAGAUCUGAAGUCCUGAUGUCCAAAACCCUGUUGCUAAACCAGCCAGUGUGCUUGCAUGAACUGUUACUUACCUGUUUGGUUAUUGAUAUGUAUUGGUUAUUCACGUUAUUCUUAGCCAUUGAUUUCACCUAUUAUUUCUUGAGCAACUGCUGG